UGAGGACCAGGUGGAGAAACACGAGGAUCAGGUGGGGAAACAUGAGGACCAGAGUGGAGAAACACGAGGACCAGAGUGGAGAAACAUGAGGACCAGGGUGGAGAAACACGAGGACCAGGUGGAGAAACAUGAGGACCAGAGUGGAGAAACAUGAGGACCAGGUGGAGAAACAUGAGGACCAGGUGGAGAAACAUGAGGAUCAGGUGGAGAAACAUGAGGACCAGGAGAAACAUGAGGACCAGGUGGAGAAACAUGAGGACCAGGUGGGGAAACAUGAGGACCAGGUGGAGAAACACGAGGACCAGGUGGAGAAACACGAGGACCAGGUGGAGAAACACGAGGACCAGGUGGAGAAACACGAGGACCAGGUGGAGAAACUCUGAUCUACAGGAUCACUAUGAACACAUCCACUCACUGUGGGAAGUGAGGACAAUUUUGUGGUCCACUUUUUUUCAGUUCUACUUUUCUCUAAUAGUUUGUUUUAGACAAGCGGAUGUCCAAUAUUUUCGUCAUCUGGGUCAAAAUCAUCGGCUCAAAAGUAUUCACACGCCAAAAAUAUAUAAUUUUUAAAAACUAAAGUCACCAGAAGGAUGUAGUUUUUUAUACCUACUCCAAAAAAUAAACCAAGCAUAAAUGAUUUUAAUUAAAGUUCUCCUGGGCUAAUGUCACUGGUUUGUUCCAGUUGGCAGCAGCUUCAUCAGCUUUUCUUCCUGAGUUGGUUCACAUAAAAAAUUACAUUUAAAAACUAAUUUUCAUGUGGAGGUUCUGGGUGAUUUGGGCAGAUCUGCUGUUUGAAGUGGAGGUUCAGUCUGAAGAUGCUCUGAUCACAUUCAUGUCUCUACAUGUGGAGCUGCUGCAGCUGUCAUCUUCACACACACACGCCCGUCUCCCUGUACUUGUGGGGACUCGCGUUCCCUUGCGUGACUUGAUGGGACAUGGCAAAAGCAGGAACGAGUCAGAAUAAAACAUUUAAACCAUGAGAACAUUUUAUUUUGUUAGAUAUAUUUAGGGAUGCCACCAAUGAUUAAUUCAUUAUUCUGGUUACCAAGGAAACGGAUAAAAAAUAUUCCCACAUUCUGCAGAUUUUUCAUUUAACCACUUAAGCCUUUUUAUGCAAUAUUAGAAAUACAUAAAGAAUUUAAAUUCAACAAUAGUUAACAAUUCAAUUCCAUUUUUGAUUGAGAAUAAAUAUUUUAUUGCCUGAAAUGUUACAUCUACAUAAAACGGAUUAAAAACAAUGAGGUAAUGGGCCAAAAAUAAAAAUAAAGUAACAUUACAAGAAUAAAGCCAUAAUAUUAAAGUCAUGAUUUAGUCAUAUUAUGACUUUAUUCUUGUAAUUGUACUUUUUUUUCUUCGCUUGGCCCUAAUACGCCGUUGUAAAAAUCAGAUUACAUUUUAUCAAGAAACAUUUUUAGAUUUAUGAGUAAAAAAUCUAUCGGAUUAAAUUUUUUCUUCUUUA